AAAACGAAGAAGAUCUACGACCAUACCAGAACGGUUGCGUACACUGAAAGAUAGUUGCUAUUGCCGAUAGAGCGACUUGAAAUAAUAAUUGUAAAACAUGCCAGCAAUAUGUGCAGCUGUGGGUUGCCGAAUGAAACAGCAAAGUGAGCCAAAUGUGAUGUUUUAUGCUUUCCCGCGGGAUACUCGCAGAAAAAAGCGGUGGGUUUAUGCAUUGAAGCGAGAAUGGUGGACGCCGACUGCAAGCAGCAGAGUCUGCAGUGUUCAUUUCAUUUCAGGCAGGCGGAGUGAUGAUCCUGAGUCGCCAGAUUACGUGCCGUCGUGGUUUGCGCACACGACGACUGCUGAGAAAGAAAGGCUAAUGGCGGCCAUGAGGAGAUACAGGCGGCGCCAAGGUGCUCGGGUAAGGAAAGCUGCAGGAAGGCCGAUGUCGGAGGUGGAGCUAGCUGCCCUGGAGUGUUUCAAAAAUGGACUCCUUCCAUUCACCUCCGACCGGAACGUCUACUCGCUCUUCCCAUCUCUCUGCCAGGAGUAUGUGACAAAAUCUCUUAUGGACGGCCAAACGUCUUCAGGGAGUUCUGAAAUACCAGCCUCGAUCUCCCCUGCUGCCAGGCCCAUGGGCAAAGUGUCCCCCGGCAAGUUUGACAAGCAGCACCGGUGGUCAGAGGACAAUAAACCCAGAGAGGAGAACCCUUACCUGAAAGCCUGGCUGAGACACGACUACAACCGUGGGAAAAAACCCAAGAGCGUGGACAUCUUGUCCCACCUAUCAACCAAUGGGACGCUCAACAUUCCGUCGGUCAACGAGGUUACGUCACAUCCCACCCGCCUCCACGAGGACUACUGCACGCCGAAGAGUGUCCAAUGGGCCAAGGGCGUCUGGAAAAAGGCAAGUUGUGAGGUGCUCCCCAACCAUCCAGCUAACCUUUCCAUCAAGGUCACUGGCAAGUGGGAGUGGCUGAGCUUGGACGUUCGAGGGCCCCUGCCCGAGACGGCUCGGGGCCACAGGUUCCUGCUGAUCGUGAUGGACCUUUACUCCAAGUGGACCGAGGCCUGCCCCAUGAAGACCAGCUGUGCCAGGGAGGUGGCACUGAACAUCCGCAACCUGGUGUGCCAGCUGGGUCUGCCCCACGCGCUCUUCUCCCAGCUGAGCCGCGGGUUCAUCAAAGCAGUGAACAAGGCCCUGGGCAUCUACAUGGCCAUGGAGGAUUGCUUUCUGGUGGUCUUCCAUCCCAAGGCCUGCAGUCUGGAUCCCAUCACCUUUAAUGACGUCGGCUGCGCGGUGAGGAAGCUGGUGACGGACCACCAGGAGAGCUGGGACGCGCAGCUCCGCGCCUGUCUGUUUGCCCUGCGUGUCAAACGGCACCCCGACAUCGGACAAAGCCCCUUCUACGCCCUGUACCGCCGGGACCCCCGAGACCCCUCCCCAGACACGCCCCCAGAGCUGCCGGUGGGUCUCAGUGAUGACCACCCAAUUAGCAGAAUCCUUGCUUCCCCGCCCCUGAUUGACACACACGAACCCCAGCCCUCAAGGCCCUCUGCUUGCCUGCAGGCUCAGAUGCCUGUAAACACUGUGGUCAUACUGAGUGCAGUCCAUUCCAAUGCAGCAGCAAGAGGUGGUCCCGGGCCAGGGCUCGGAGGCGGAGUGAAGCAGAAACUCGACGAACCAGUAAAAGGACCGUGCCUGUAUAUAUGUGGCCUGCAGGGUGGCGCCAGAGAGCGCGAUGGCCCCUGAAGAGGAGCAGGGGCUGGAGGACCGCUUGGACUGUGUCUCUCCUCUCCCUGCGGAGGACGGUCUCCGGGUUCUUCUGCAGAAUGACCUCAUACACACAUAUCAAGCAAAGAGAGAACAGGAAGUCUUUUGGCAAGCCUUCGUGUACAAGAAAAACUAGGGAUCUCGCUCAUUGUGGUCAUUAAAGAAAAAAAACAUUGACUUAUCAGCAAGAAUAUUGGGGUUCCCCGAUUUCCUGACUACAUUUCCAACCUGGCUCCCUAAUCAUCCCUUGUUUCUUGAUCUUCGUAAUCUCGCACUGUCCACUGCGGCUGAGGUGUGAUAAGUGUCCCGGUGAAAAAUGCCUUCUUGCGCACAGCCGAGGAGGAUGCUGGGAUGACUGUUACCAUGCCGGAUGAAAAUAAAGCUGAAUUAUUUUUGAUA